AUGAAGAAAAAUAUUAUCAAUACAUGGUACUCUUUUGUAAACGUUCCCAAUGUGAUUGCUCCAGAUAUUGAUAAGGAAAUAAGAAGGAUGGAAAACGGAGCAGGGAGCUCCUUUUCUGAUGAUGAUGAUGAUGAUGACAGUACCUCCAUGUUUGAAGAAUCAGAGAGUGAAAACCUGCAUGCAAGGGAUUCCUGCAGAAAUAACUCACACAGAGGGGGGCCAUCACAGAGGGAGCAGUACCUGCCUGGUGCCCUUGCGCUUUUCAAUGUUAACAACAGCAGCAAUAAGGAGCAAGAACCAAAGGAAAAAAAGAAAAAGAAAAAAGAAAAGAAGAGCAAACCAGAUGAUAAAAAUGAAAAUAAAAAGGACUCAGAGAAGAAAAAGAAGAAAGAAAAAGAAAAAGAGAAGAAAAAGAAAGAGGAGAAAGGCAAAGAUAAGAAAGAAGAGGAGAAGAAAGAAGUCAUGGUUAUUGAUCCCUCGGGAAACAUAUAUUACAACUGGCUCUUUUGCAUCACUUUACCUGUAAUGUACAACUGGACUAUGGUUAUUGCAAGAGCAUGUUUUGAUGAACUUCAGUCUGAUUACCUAGAAUAUUGGCUCAUUUUUGACUACCUAUCAGAUAUAAUCUAUCUUCUUGAUAUGUUUGUACGAAUAAGGACAGGUUAUUUAGAACAAGGACUGCUGGUGAAGGAGGAGACUAAACUCAUAGAGAAAUAUAAAUCAAACUUUCAAUUUAAACUUGAUUUUCUAUCAGUGAUUCCCACUGAUCUGCUGUAUUUUAAGCUGGGGUGGAACUAUCCAGAAAUUAGAUUAAACAGACUGUUAAGGAUCUCUCGAAUGUUUGAGUUCUUCCAGAGAACAGAAACAAGAACAAACUACCCAAACAUCUUUAGGAUUUCUAACCUUGUUAUGUACAUUGUCAUCAUUAUCCACUGGAAUGCAUGUGUGUACUUCUCUAUUUCCAAAGCUGUUGGAUUUGGAAAUGAUACAUGGGUGUAUCCUGAUGUUAAUGAUCCCGAAUUUGGCCGUUUGGCUAGAAAAUACGUAUACAGCCUUUACUGGUCUACCCUGACUUUGACCACAAUUGGUGAAACACCGCCUCCUGUGAGGGAUUCUGAGUAUGUCUUUGUGGUGGUUGAUUUCUUAAUUGGAGUGUUAAUUUUUGCUACCAUUGUUGGUAACAUAGGUUCUAUGAUUUCCAACAUGAAUGCUGCCAGAGCAGAAUUUCAAGCAAGAAUCGACGCGAUCAAGCAAUAUAUGCAUUUUCGAAAUGUAAGCAAAGAUAUGGAAAAGAGGGUUAUCAAAUGGUUCGACUAUCUGUGGACCAACAAAAAAACUGUUGAUGAGAAAGAAGUCCUGAAGUAUCUCCCUGAUAAGCUGAGAGCAGAGAUUGCCAUCAACGUACACUUAGACACUUUAAAAAAGGUGCGUAUUUUUGCGGACUGUGAAGCUGGUCUGUUGGUGGAGUUGGUCUUGAAAUUGCAGCCCCAAGUCUACAGUCCUGGAGAUUACAUUUGCAAGAAGGGGGAUAUUGGACGAGAGAUGUACAUCAUCAAGGAAGGCAAGCUCGCUGUGGUGGCAGAUGAUGGAAUCACUCAGUUUGUGGUAUUGAGUGACGGCAGCUACUUUGGUGAGAUCAGUAUCCUUAACAUUAAAGGCAGCAAAGCUGGCAAUCGAAGAACAGCCAAUAUUAAAAGUAUUGGCUACUCAGAUCUGUUCUGUCUCUCAAAAGAUGACCUCAUGGAAGCUCUAACUGAGUACCCAGAUGCCAAAACUAUGCUAGAAGAGAAGGGAAAGCAAAUCUUGAUGAAAGAUGGUCUACUGGAUAUAAAUAUUGCAAAUGCUGGAAGUGAUCCUAAAGAUCUCGAAGAGAAGGUCACCCGAAUGGAGGGGUCAGUAGACCUCUUGCAAACGAGGUUUGCUCGGAUCUUGGCUGAGUAUGAGUCAAUGCAGCAGAAACUGAAGCAAAGACUAACCAAAGUUGAGAGAUUUCUGAAACCGCUAAUUGACACAGAAUUUUCAGCUCUUGAAGGAUCUGAAGGAGUUGAAAGUGGGCUCCUGGACUCCACACAGGACUGA